AUGUCUUGGUUCUCUUGGCUUUUCACUCUGUGGCCUUCUUCAGCCCCAUCCCUGCUCCUUGUGGGGCUUGUGGGCAGACAGCUGGGGCUCAGCGUGGUAGUGGAGUGUGUUCAGACAGUGUCUUGUUCUCGGUGGGGAACACCCAGCAAUCAGGGUCUGUUCCAGGAUGGAGAUGUAGUUAUCGGUGGGCUCUUUACUAUUCAUUACCAACCUCCAGCUAUAGACAACGACUUCACUCAGCUGCCACACUACAAACCUUGCAUUGGAUUAGAACAAGUUCCACUGCAAUAUAUACAUGCUAUGGUGUUUGCGGUGGAGGAAAUCAAUCGUAGCACAAUGCUGCUACCAGGUGUGAAGCUGGGGUACCAUAUUUUGGAUAGCUGUGGCCGACCGCCAUGGGCUCUCCAGGCAGCACUGUCACUGGUUGGGGGAGACAGCCCCAGCUGUAAUUCAGCAGACCCUCCAGACUAUUCUGCUGAGUAUGGAGAGGGAAUUGGAGAAGGGAGAGUUCCCUUGAUCAUCGGUGGUGCUUCAUCCGUAACAGGCCAGAUACUGUCCAGGAUCCUGGGCCCACUCUCUAUCAGCUACUUGUCGAGCUGCCCCUGUCUCAGUGACAGGCGUCAAUUUCCUAACUUCUUCAGGACCAUCCCCAGUGAUAUUUACCAAGCCCGGGCCAUUGCCCAGCUUGCCAUACACUUCAACUGGACCUGGAUUGGGGCAGUGGUAGCAAACAAUAAUUAUGGCCACAUGGCAGUAAAGGUAUUUCAGGAGGAAACUCAGGGGAAAGGGGUGUGUCUGGCAUUCAUAGAGACUCUCCAAAGGGAAAACAUUGUGAGUGAUGCCAGACGAGCAGCACUCACAAUUCAGGCCUCAACUGCAAAAGUGAUUCUGAUCUUUACCUGGUACACAGAUGUGAGGGAACUGUUCCUGCAACUUGCCAAGAUAAAUGUGACUGACAGACAGUUUCUGGCAAGUGAAGCUUGGAGCACCAGUGAUGAUCUUCUCCAAGAUCUUGCCAUCUCUGAAGUGGCAAGUGGUGUUCUAGGUGUGGCCAUUCGUAGCUCAACGAUACCUGGAUUUGAAAGUUAUUUUAAUAUUUUGUACCCAUUUCAUCGUCCAGAUGAUGAAUUCUUUCGAGAAUUUUGGGAAAUGGAGUUUGAAUGCAGUCCUGGAGCUACGCAAGAACAAGCUUCUCUAGCCCCUUGCAGUGGCACUGAGUCCCUGGUGGGAGUUCAGAAUCACUUCACUGACACCUCCCAGCUGCGGGUGACAUAUAAUGUCUACCUUGCUGUUUAUGCUGCAGCCCACGCCCUUCACAGUCUUCUGUCCUGCCCUGACAGAGACAGUUCUUCCAGAAACAACAGCUCCACCUGCUCCUCUCCAAAACAUAUCAAACCCAAAGAGCUGUUGCAGCACUUGAACCACAUAAAUUUCACCACACCACAGGGUGAAAUGUUUUACUUCCAAGGUGCCGACAUUCCAGCAAAGUAUGACCUUGUUAACUGGCAGAGCACCCCCAAGGGUUCACAAAAACUUGUUUUGAUUGGUCGUGUGGAUGGUUUUGACCUCCACCUCAGUGAGUCAGCUAUUCAGUGGAGCACAGGAUCAAGUCAGGUGCCUAUUUCAGUGUGCAGUGAGAGCUGUCCCCCAGGCACCCGCAAGGCCAAUAGGAAAGGAGAACCUCUCUGCUGCUUUGACUGUAUCCCAUGUGCUGAAGGGGAGAUAAGCAAAACAAAAGGCUCCCUUCACUGUGAGCGUUGUCCAUUAGAGUUUUGGUCCAAUGCUGAACAAACUGCCUGCAUCCCUCGCCAGCUGGACUUCCUUUCCUUUAAUGAAACUUUGGGCAUUACCCUGACUACUGCAGCUGUGUCUGGUGCUGCCAUUACAACAGCUGUGUUUGUGGUGUUUCUCUGCCACCGUCAAACACCUCUGGUUCGAGCCAACAAUUCAGAACUGAGCUUUCUGCUACUCCUGUCACUAAAGCUCUGCUUCCUGUGCUCACUGGUGUUCAUUGGUCGUCCAUCAGUCUGGUCUUGUCGGUUCCAGCAGGCAGCUUUUGGGAUCAGCUUUGUACUUUGUGUUUCCUGCCUCCAAGUGAAGACUAUAGUUGUACUUGCAGCGUUCCGUUCAGCUCGGCCUGGUGCUGAAGCUUUGAUUAGGUGGUUUGGACCAGGCCAGCAGAGAGGAAGUGUCUGCCUUCUUACUUGUAUACAGAUUAUCAUCUGUGCCAUAUGGUUGUCCCUCAGCCCCCCGGUGCCUCAACGUGAUCUGGGUUUUCAAGGGUCAAAGGUCACCCUGGGGUGUGCCAUGGCAUCUGUGGUGGGCUUCUCUCUGGUUCUGGGUUACAUUGGUCUGCUGGCCUGCACCAGUCUCCUCCUGGCCUUUCUUGCUCGGAAACUCCCUGACAAUUUCAAUGAGGCCAAACUGAUCACCUUCAGCAUGCUGAUAUUCUGUGCUGUCUGGGUGGCCUUUGUCCCUGCUUACAUUAGCUCUCCUGGGAAAUAUACUGUUGCUGUGGAGAUUUUUGCAAUCCUGGCCUCUAGCUAUGGUUUACUGGUCUGCAUCUUUGCCCCCAAAUGUUUUAUCAUUCUCUUAAGGCCUGAGAAAAAUACUAAAAAACAUCUGAUGGCAAGGUAACAUAGAUAAUGAACAAUGCACACAUUUGAGUUGAUCAGAUAUGAUAUCCUCUUGAUUUCUUUUCUGUUUGCAUGCAUUUAUUACAUUUAUUCAGUAUUGUAUCUUAAAAAUAAAGAACUUACAUCAUAGAUUUGAUUUUCCAGAAAAUCCAGGAAAUGAUGAUGCAUUCAUUAUUGUUUCUAAUAGUGUAUCAACUUUAGAUUGCCUAA